AUUCCUGUGGUGAAGCAGCUCUGUCAUUGACGUGCAUAAUGGCAAGUCUGUACUAUUCCUCUGAGAGUUCUGAUAGUGAUGGUGGUAUAGAUAGAAAGUCAUUAGAUUUAUCCUAUUUAAUGCUUGACUCAGACUCUCUAUCAAGCUACUUGAGGAACAGUGUCCAGGAGCAAAGCUCUGCAUACCAACACCAAGGCUCAAGAUUGACUUCUAUCUCAGCAAUUGGAAAUCAAACCAAUGAAGAUGAUGAUGGCAGUCAACAAGAAGAGAGGAUAAAGUUACAGAAGCAAAUGGAAAGUUUGACAACAGAAGCAAUGGGCCAAGAUUUUUCAAAAUUAAAUUCUACAACAAAAAAAGCUCCCAGUCUUCCUAAUAGAGGUUUAGAGAGGGCUAUUUCUCUGCUACCAUUUGUUGUGCAAGACCCUGAUGAGAAUGAUGGCAGCGAGCCUAAAACUCUCAUGCAGGAUAAUAUAACUGAAAAGUUGUUUCUCAACCACAAUAUCAUAUUAUCAGUACCAUAUGAAAUUGUGUUUUUCCAUAAACUGAAAAGUUUAGAUUUAUCUAAUAAUAAUCUCAGUCAUAUAAAUGACUUCAUUCUGCACUUGCCUGAACUGCAGUCUUUGCAUCUCAAGAACAACAAUUUAGAUAGCUAUGGUCUUCCCAAAGAGUUGGCAGUUCUAAGCAAACUGCGUGAAAUCAACCUCAGUGGCAACCAGCUUACCACAGUGCCGCCUCAACUUUUUGAAGUGAGCUCUUUGAAGUACUUGUAUCUUGGCAACAACAAUAUAUCUGAAGUGCAACCUGAGAUCAAGGCUUUACAGAAUUUGCAGGUGCUACACCUGGGAAGCAACAACCUGACUAUGGUUCCUGAAGAGCUGGGAGCCCUGAGCAGCUUGUGUGCUCUGGUGCUUUGCAACAACAAAUUACGACGACUGCCCCAAGCCAUCAGCCGCCUCACCAGCCUGCGCUCCCUCCUCCUCCACAACAACAACCUCUGCUGCCUGCCUGUGGAAAUUGUCAAGCUUCGGGGCUUAAAUGAGUUGAGCCUGCGCGACAACCCGCUAGUGACGAGGUUUGUCAACCUGUGUGCCAAGGACCUGAUAUACACACCACCAUCCCUGAAGGAGCUCGCCGCUAGGAGCGUCCAGCUCAACCGCAUCACUUACUCUGCAUCAGACUUGCCUGUGCACCUGCACAACUACCUUCUCUCGGGACACAAAUGUGUUAACCCUAAGUGCAAAGGUGUUUACUUCUCGUCCUGCGUGGAGCACAUCAAGUUCGUAGACUUCUGCGGCAUGUACCGCGUGCCUCUGAUGCACUAUCUCUGCUCCUCGCGCUGCACCUCACAGACGCCCUCCGCCUACUACACGCGACGCCUCUCCUCCAGCGACAGCGAGGACGACAGAGCGCCGGACACCACCAUGCGCCGAGUCUUGCUCGGUUAAUUGUUUGCAGCCCAUAAGCUUUGAUAAAUUGUGUGGUGGCAACGAAGGUUGACGAGUCUUGCUCGGUUAAUUGUCUGCAGCCCAUAAGCUUUGAUAAAUUGUGUGGUGGCAACGGAGGUUGACGAGUCUUGCUCGGUUGUCUGCAGCCCAUAAGUUUUGAUAAAUUGUGUGGUGGCAACGGAGGUUGACGAGUCUUGCUUGGUUAAUUGUCUGCAGCCCAUAAGCUUUGAUAAAUUGUGUGGUGGCAACGAAGGUUGACGAGUCUUGCUCGGUUGUCUGCAGCCCAUAAGCUUUGAUAAAUUGUGUGGUGGCAACGAAGGUUGACGAGUCUUGCUCGGUUAAUUGUUUGCAACCCAUAAGCUUUGAUAAAUUGUGUGGUGGCAACGGAGGUUGACGAGUAUUGCUCGGUUAAUUGUCUGCAGCCCAUAAGCCUUGAUAAAUUGUGUGGUGGCAACGAAGGUUGACGAGUCUUGCUCGGUUAAUUAAUCAUCUGCAACCCAAGAACUAUACAGCUUUGAUCAAAUAUUUGUUAGCAAUAUAAAUUGGUGGUCUAUCACGAACGUUUUCAGUUGAGAAUUUAUUUCAACUCAAUAGUAGAGUAAGUUUGCUUUGUGUGCUGGAUCACACCAUUUGAUUUGUUGGCUCGGGUGUUUGAAUAACUGUGAGGCAGGUUCUUAUGUUAACGAUUUUCUGUUUUUUUUUUUUAAUGUUGAAUUUUGUGGUAAAAAUACUUUCACAGAUUCCUGGCACUUUAUCACAGUGAUUAAAACAAAUUCGACUACAUAUCACUUCAUUGAUAGUGAUCUUGAAAGGCUGAAUCCCAACAUAGUAUCUAUUUCUUUAUCACACUUAGUUUCCAUUUUAGAGCAUAACCUUAUUAUGUGACACGCUGUUUGAACCAAAGUGACUUUGGUUCAAAACUUGUGCUAGCGUGUGAAGAAUCUGAAAUUAUGAAGUAUAUAGUAUAGCGACAUUUUUUACUCAAUACUAGCUCUCAAUACUCGCUCUUAAUACCUAUUACUCAUUACUCACUUUUAAUACCUACCUUGCUAUUGAAGAAAAAACACAACCUCGUGUAACCUACAUUCAUGCUUAAGGGAGAAGUUGCUGAUCUACAAGCUUCCUGCGCGUGAAUAUCUGUUCAUUCGUGUCGCGCUUCAUUCGGUUGUCUGUUUAGUUGUGCUAUUGAAGUUCAUAAUGCUAUCAAAAUAAUAAUAAUAAUAAUGGCUAUCAAAAAAUGUAUUAUGGCUAUAUCGUUUGAAAUUGACUAUACCCUCAUUUUUGCUUAUUUUUAUUUAGAUCAACUCAUAAAGUCUGAUAGUCACUAUCAUAAAUUAGUUGACCUAUUACAAGUUUAAGCCAAUUAGAUUGCACUUGAAAAUUAAUCAAUUUUGUUAUUUGGAGUAAUACUUAUGAAAGGCUCUACCUGUAGCUAUCUCCGAUAAGUUUCUCUUCAUGACAAUCUGGGGAGCGAGUAUCACAUUCAUCCAUCCCGCUAUGUCACUAAUCUUUCUCAAAUAUAUUUUCCAGUGAACUGGUGCCCUACUCCCAAGAAAUUUACUUAGACUAUUCAGUUAAGUAUCGUCAUAAGGUUUAGAAACUAGGUACCUUUUCUUCUGACAAUUCGACAUGUUCCCUCCAUUUAUUUUUUAUGUUGAGGGGCUGGCAUGCAUAAUCUUUCUCUCUAUAUUCAUAUUUUUCAUCAACAUUAGUCCUCGGAUUUUACCAUUAAUUUUCGAUAGGAUGAACUCUAACUUACUAACAUGUUAUUAUUUUUGAUUUGGAUUCCGUAUGUGGAAUAUUCUUACCUCCUAAUGAUCGUUAAGUUUUAAAUAACAAGAUUAAUAAGAUCGUUUCAGUAACCAGUUAACCAGGUUUUCCGUGCUCGAGUCUGGAGUGAUGUACUGUGUUGCAAGCUCACCCAAGUCCCAUUGCUUCUUUCAUAAUUUUAUUCAUCGCUGAGACUUGCAGCCCUCGUCAGGCGAGUAUGCCAGAGAAUUCUGAUACUUUCAUUGUUCAGCAUAGUUCCUCAAUAACGCAAGGGAAACCUGUCAACUGACUGAUAGAAAUGUACCUAUUAUCCGUAAUUACCAGCAUUGUCAAGAAUAAAGCUGUUGUACUCAAUUGUGAUGUUGAACGUACGUGCGCUUACGUUCAUUUUUUAGCCAAUAUCUAGAUCUAAUGCGAGAUGGUUUAUAAAGGUUAAUGUCUUCUAGUUCCUUGAUUUUUCUGCCAAUACUCAACUGCUCGUUACGUUCACUUGUUCUGAAUUUCUUUCUUGUAUGCUUCAUUAUAACUAGACAUUAGCCAUCAAAUUAAAUAAUUACUUUUCUAGUAGCCGUCAUACGCUUUUUUUUGCCUAAUCAAUGCACCUCGCUUUCAGGUUUUAAUCAUUACAUUCUGUAUAUAUAGUUAAUGUUUUAGAACACUAAAUAAAACUUAUAUUCACCUACUUUUAAGACUUUAAACUUGUAUUCACGAGUAAUUUAACGAGCCGUUCUGGUAUAUUGUGCAUGUUCAUACGAUGGUUAAGUGGAUAACUGCUUCAGAAAAUACUGUGCCUUACCAUAUGUCGCUUGCAGGAAUAACAGAGCUAAGUAAGUUCCACUCAUACGCUGUCAUUGUCACUAGCCGAGCUGUUAAUGUAUUUAACGCGUUACUUGUUUCCAUGCUGAUGCCGUCAACCAUUACGACCCUUCACCCCUUACAGGAGUUGAUACUUCACAGCAUCUGCAAUUGCGACUAGAUUUGAAAACAUUGACAAUAAAAAAUUUUUUUGGUUGAUUCAAAUUUUGCUAACUUUCAUUAUGAUAUUAAUAUUUAAUUUCAUUGCCGUGUGUAUGUCACUAAGAUGGAUCUUCUCCAUAGUCCUACAUAUAUUUACUUCUCUAACCAAGUGCCAAACAAGUAACAUCAUUUGGGAUGUUCACCUAAUCAGGAAAUUAGUUGACGGAUUUUGAAAUGAUUUCACCCGACCAUAGCUGCAUUCAUCAUUGUCUUGUGCUGGCAGUGGUGUUGAAGUGUGUUAUUUGUGUUGUCUUGAGUAUUGGCACGGUCUGUACUGCUGGCGUCAUGUUCGUAUCUUUUUGCUGCUCGCUUUUCUGGGCCUUCCUAUGAGGAGGGGCCGUUUGUUGCUCUUUAUAUAACCCUCACGUAGCAAUGUAUUUGAGAUUAUUUACUACGUAUUAUUAAUGCUUUUUGCUGAGAGUUUUAUUAGGAUUACUUUAUACGACAAUACAUUAUCGAACUGUUAUGAGACACGUUUUAUCGUUAUACCUGAAACCAUAGUUCAUAAGGUGUGAUGGCUAUUCUGUGUGCGGUCAUUUUAAACGUUUUCUUUUA